AUGAUAGCGAGGCAAGGUACAAAAAUAAACAGAGAGCAAUUUCCAUUUCAUCAUCUCUAUGCAGUAAUCUUAGCUAAUUGUGGACUGGUUGAGUUUUGUUUCAAAAAUUGCAACCCAGGCUCAUUUCAAGAUGACCAAGUCAAGGGGAAGAUUAUUCUAUGUGAAAGCAAGGACGACGACUAUUCAGCAGAAAGUAAGUUUGAAUCGUUGAAGAAACAAGGUGCGAUUGGGAUGCUAUUGAUCAACGAUAAUGAGAGAGCCGUGGCAUCAAGUUUUGGAUCUUCUCCUGUGGUUGUUGUUAUAGAAGAAGAUGGAGCUCAGAUUUUCUCUUAUAUCAACUCAACCAGGUAA